CAAACAUCUAUUGCUUUAUUGGUGUCCCUUUUAAAAUGCAUAAAUCCAAUGAUUUGGUGUUGUAUAAAUAGGAAUUAAUUGUAAAUGCCAUUUACAAGACAUUGCUUGCACGCUUUGACCAUACAUACACUUACAAAUUAUAUGCGCCGAUAAAUACAAGAAAUUGUGUGGGGCUAGUGGUAUAUAAACAUGAUUCCAUCGAGUAAUCAAAAUCCUUGGAGUACUCCGGGUUCAGGAGGGAAUGCAUUUUUAUCAAGCAACAAGCCACUCAUAGCUGAUUUGGCUCUUGCAGCCCUUAAGGAACGCGGUGAAGUCAAGAAGAAACGAUUGUGCCCUCAGUUUCGUACAGAUCGUUCGCUAUGUUUAAUGACCAAGAAGAAUCCUCUGAGAAGAGUUUGCAUAUGUAUUGUGGAUGCACGACCAUUUGAAUAUUUUAUAUUAGCAACGAUAUUGUGCAACUGUUUAGCACUAGCAUUUAAUCAUCCUUAUCCCGGAGAAGAUUCAAACAAAGUUAAUUAUGUUUUGGAGAAAAUUGAAUAUGCAUUUGUCGUAAUUUUUACAACUGAAUCUGCGUUGAAGAUUAUUGCUUAUGGAUUUGUUCUUCAUCAAGAUGCUUAUUUAAGAAAUUUUUGGAAUGUGCUAGAUUUCAGUAUUGUAUUAAUAGGUCUAUCUUCAAAAUUACUGGAGAAUAUGAAUGUGGAUGUUAAAGCACUUCGAGCAUUUCGAGUAUUACGACCCCUACGGUUGCUUUCUGGUUUACCAAGUCUUCAGGUUGUGCUCAAUUCUAUUAUCACAGCUAUGGUUCCUUUGUUGCAUAUUGCCCUGUUAGUGAUAUUUGUGAUUAUUGUAUAUGCGAUUGUUGGUCUUGAAUUAUUUCAGAGUAAACUCCAUCUUACAUGUUAUAAAAAUUCAUCAAAUAAGAUUCCUGAAAUGAUGCCAAACCCACGACCAUGUACAUUUGAAACAUCGGCUAUGGGAUUUAAAUGCAGUGAACUUGGAUCAGAUUACUUUUGUGCAGAUAUGUAUGGUAAAGAAGGUGAAAGAUAUACAGGUCCAGAAGGUGGUAUUAUAAGUUUUGAUAAUUUCUUGUACUCUAUGCUCACUGUCUUUGUGUGCAUUACGAUGGAGGGAUGGACCAGUACUGGUUAUUAUGUGUCUGAUGCAAUCGGUUCUUGGUGGCCUUGGAUUUAUUUUGUGACUCUUAUUCUACUGGGUUCAUUCUUCGUUAUGAAUCUUGUACUCGGAGUCUUAAGUGGAGAGUUUAGCAAAGAAAAAGAGAAAAUAGAUCGUACUUUAUUAUUUCGUAAAGAAAGACAAGAAAAACGUGAACAACAAGAUUAUUUGGGUUACAAAGAAUGGAUUGAACUAGCCGAGGAGCUCAGUGACUCUGAAGGCGAUGACAAAGGAAGUGAGGAUAUGGAAUCAGGCGGUGGUGAUGGGAUAGUCGAAGAAGAACCAGAGAUGCAUGUUGAAGAGGUAGUGAAAACACACUGUCAUAGUACUCUACGUCGUCUAAGAAAAUUUCGCAAACGUACACGCCGAGCUGUCAUCGCUUUUAUCAACAGUCGGCAGUGUUUUGCAUUGGUAAUUAUUUUGGUCUUUCUCAACACAGUCGUUCUGACUACUGAACAUCAUAAUCAACCGGAGUGGUUAGAUGAAUUUCAAGACUUUGCUAAUGUUGUAUUCGUUACGCUUUUCACAUUGGAAAUGGUCAUUAAGAUAGCGGCAUCAGGUUUUUCAGAUUAUAUUUCAAAACUUUUCAAUCGUUUCGAUUUCUUCGUUGUCAUAUUUUCCAUAUUGGAGUUAGUUUUUGUCAAAUCUCGUUUACUCAAUCCAAUGGGUGUUUCUGUAUUACGCUGUGCAAGAUUACUCAGAAUAUUUAAAUUAACUCAAUAUUGGGAAAGUCUUCGAAGUCUAGUGGGUAAAUUAUUGAAAUCUGUACGAUCUGUUGCCAGUCUGUUGCUUCUUUUGUCCAUAUUUAUUCUUAUCUGUUCUCUACUCGGUAUGCAACUGUUUGGUGGACGAUUCAAUUUCAUUGCACAUGAAAAACCAAGAGCAAAUUUUGAUGGAAUUUUACAAGCUAUGCUGACUGUAUUUCAGAUCCUUACCGGUGAAGAUUGGAAUGAAGUUAUGUACAACGGUAUGAGAGCGUAUGAAAAUAGUCCGUGGUAUGGAGUUGUGGUUAUCUACUUCAUAUUUCUUUUCAUAUGCGGCAACUAUAUUUUAUUGAAUGUAUUUUUGGCUAUCGCUGUGGAUAAUCUAAAUGAGGAUGAAGAUGAAGAUGAUGACGGUAAUGGUGAUGCACAAAAGAAACAAAUUGAAACAACAGAACAUACAGAAGUUGUUGAACCAGCUAAACCAGCUGAAGAGGAAAAACAGGAUGACUUGAAUUCUCCUGUGAAGCUACAGUACGACAAACCGGAAAAUGAGGAUCAAACAUAUGAAGAAAUGUUUGCUGAAGAAGAGGAUAUUGAAGAAGAAGGCGAUCUAGAUGAUAAAAAUGGUGAUGAUCAAAAAGAUAUGUCACCACAAGAUAGUCGAACUAUGCCACCACAUUCUGCAUUCUUUAUAUUUGCUGAUACUAACAAGUUUCGAAUAUUUUGUCAUAAUGUGGUCUGCUUCUCGCAUUUUGGGAAUAUUGUACUUGUUUGUAUAUUGGUGAGUAGUAUCCUUCUUGCUGCAGAAGAUCCGUUACAUGCUAAUUCUAACAGAAACAAAAUUUUGAACUCGUUUGACUACUUCUUCACUAGUGUAUUUACUGUUGAAAUCACAUUAAAGAUGAUCUCCUAUGGAUUUGUCCUUCAUGAAGGAGCAUUUUGCCGUAGUGUAUUCAAUCUACUGGAUUUAAUAGUUGUGUGUGUUGCAUUGGUUUCAUUCGUUCUACAAAAUCAAACAAUUUCAGCUGUAAAAAUUCUCAGAGUUCUCCGGGUUCUUCGUCCACUAAGAGCUAUCAAUAGAGCCAAAGGAUUAAAGCAUGUUGUCCAGUGUAUGGUUAUCGCGAUCAAAAGUAUUGGUAAUAUUGUACUAGUCACCUUUCUGUUGGAGUUUAUGUUUGCUGUUAUUGGUGUGCAAUUGUUCAAGGGAAAAUUUUACUCAUGCACAGAUAUAUCUAAACAUGUAGAAGCAGACUGCAAAGGUCAAUUUAUUGAAUACAAAGAUAUGAGUUUGGAUAACCCUGUUCUAAGUGAAAGAGAAUGGAAAAAUUCUGACUUUAAUUUUGAUAAUGUACCGAAUGCACUACUCACUCUGUUUGCAGUUUCAACAUUUGAAGGUUGGCCUAGUUUAUUGUAUAGAUCUAUUGAUUCAAAUGCAGAAGAUCAAGGUCCAAUAACAAAUUACAGACCAGUUGUUGCAUUCUUCUACAUAACAUUUAUCAUUCUCAUUCCAUUUUUUAUGAUUAAUAUAUUUGUGGGUUUUGUCAUUGUGACAUUUCAAAAAGAAGGUGAAGCUGAAUAUAAAAACUGUGAAUUGAAUAAGAAUCAACGUAAAUGCAUAGAAUAUGCAUUAAAAGCCAGACCACGUCGACGUUACAUUCCCAAAGGACAUUUACAGUUUAAAAUAUGGUCUGUUGUUGUGUCGAAAAAAUUUGAAAUAUUGAUAUUUAUAUUUAUUUUUAUAAAUACUGUGGCACUGAUGUUAAAAUAUGAUAAACAAGGUAAAUACGAAGCAAAGAUAUUGGAUUCAUUCAAUUAUUUCUUUACUGCUGUGUUCACUGUAGAAUUUGUCCUACGUUUGUCUGCAUUCAGUUUUCGACAUUAUUUCAGCGAUAUAUGGAAUGUGAUUGAUUUUGUCCUAGUUCUGGGAAGUUAUAUAGACAUAAUAGUUACACAGUCUGAUAUAAGUCAAGUGAAAUUUAGUGUAAAUUUCUUCCGAUUGUUUCGCGUUAUGCGAUUGAUUAAAUUGUUAAGUAAGGAAGAAUCUAUACGUCAGCUGCUUUGGACAUUUAUUAAAUCUAUUCAGGCUUUACCGUAUGUUGCUCUACUCAUCGCAAUGAUAUUUUUCAUUUAUGCUGUGAUUGGUAUGCAACUAUUCGGUCAAAUAUCAAUUGACGAUAAUCCAUUAGAAGAUGAAGAAUGGCCUAUUCUGCAUAGAAAUAAUAAUUUCCAGAAUUUCUUUUAUGCUCUUCUAGUAUUAUUUCGAUGUGCUACAGGAGAAUCAUGGCAAGAAAUUAUGAUGGCUUGUAGAGAAGGUCAAAAAUGUUCUAAAGAUGCAGAUGAAACAGAGAUCAAUGGAUGCGGAUCCAAGUUGGCUUAUGCUUAUUUUAUUAGUUUCCAUGCAAUUAGUGCAUUUCUAGUUAUCAAUCUCUUCGUGGCUGUCAUUAUGGAUAAUUUCGAUUACUUAACUAGAGAUUGGUCAAUUCUUGGACCACACCAUUUAGAUGAAUUUGUUACAAAAUGGGCAGAUUAUGAUCCGGAAGCAAAGGGAAGAGUUCGACACUUGGAUGUUGUUACUAUGCUUGGUAAAAUAAGCCCACCACUUGGUUUUGGUAGUAUGUGUCCACACACUAGAGCAUGUCAUAAACUGGUCAGAAUGAAUAUGCCUCUAAACAGUGAUGGGACAGUAUUUUUCAAUGCAACACUUUUUGCCUUAGUACGUAGGAAUUUGAAGAUAAAAAUUCCUGGAGAUGCUGGAGAGAAAGAAAAAUCUCUGGAUCAAUUAAAUGAAGAACUACGUAUUGUAAUAAAGCGUAUCUGGAAACGAACAAGUCCAAAGUUAUUGGAUCAAAUUAUUCCACCAAAAGGUAGUGAUGUUGUUACUGUUGGAAAAUUCUAUGCAACUUUUCUCAUACAAAAUUGGUUCCGUGAAUGGCAAAAACGUAAAAUGAUUCAAAAGGAUACAAGAUAUAUUCCACAAAUAAUGGCUGGAGAUCGUGCAAUGCCUCAUCAACCUACUAUAGUUGGAUUUCCUAGACGUUGUUCUUCAGACCUGACUGGUGAUGAAAUUCAGCGUCGACGAGGAGUAGAUAAGCGUGAUACAUCGGGUGGAAUUUUCGGUCGUACUCUAAGUGAAUGGACCAGACGCAGGAGUAGUAAGCGUAUUACAGAUCGUCGAGACCAAAAUUACAGUCAUAUAAAUGGAAUGUAUGAUAUGCCAGGAAAUCAUUUAAAAAAUGGUAUGGGAAUAUGGAAUGAUAUGCUUUCAAGUGCACAAGCUGGUAAAACUGCUCAUCCUGCAGUUGUUGCACUUAUGGAGAAAGAGAAAAAAGAUGCUGAAGCUAGCAUGCUAUUGCUAUCCACAUCAUCAUCGUCAUCAUCACCAUUACCAAUAACAGUAUCAUCAGAGAAAGAAGACAGACAAUUUAAACACUUAUACACGCCUUCAAAACACAAUUCAACAAAUCAUAAAUAUCACCAAUAUUAUAGAGAUGAAAAAACAAUUACAAGUGAAUCAGAAACAGAAUUGUGUCAACCAAUUCAACAGCCUGACUAUUCAUCAUCACCAUCAUCAUUAUCAUCGUCAUCAUUAUCAAGAAUAAAUAAACAAAAAUUAGUUAAAAAAUACAAAUAUAUGAACAAUAUGAGUCAUCAAGAAAAGCCGGCAAAGUUGAUUUUAAAACCUAAAUACCAACCAUUGAUGGUGAAUGGAAGGGAAGAAAAUUAUAUGCAUCAACAAUCACUACUAAAUCAUAACUACACUAAUAAUGAUAAUGAUCAUUAUAACUGUAAUAAUAAUGAUGUCACAUUCCAAUUGAAUAGUAAUAAUGCUUAUACAUCAUUCAAUCGAAAUUCAAGUCUUUUUUGUCCCGGCUACAUAUUUACUCCAGAGAAAAUAGAUCAUUUACUCAAAGUUAAUAAUUUUCUAAAGUAAUGAAAAAAGUCAAAACAAAAUAAUUAUUUACCAUAGUUUAUUUCUUAUUUUGUUCACUGAUUCGUUCUGUUGACUUUAUUUGUUUAAAUGUAUUAACUUAAGAUGAGUACUGAUAACCGCCACUUUCAGAUAAUUUCGCAAUUAAUAAGAAAGUAGAGUUCCCUAUACAAGUCAUUAAUUCUAACCUAAUAUUUUCUCUGCGUAUAUAUUGCAAGAUACAAUGUUUAGCUGAAAAUACAUAUUGUAUCCUUCCUGAAGUUAUCUGCAAACAGAUGAAAUAGUUACAUUUAAUAUUGUUAUUGAUCCUUGAGUAUUCUCACUCUGGUUUAUGAGAAUAAUUAUUGUUCUCCAUGGAUACUAAGUGAGCAUACAGCUUCAGGAGAAAAUCUCCACUUCACUCGGUUUUCUGCACCCUUUUAGAUGGCUCUACGAUUGACCAUAAGGUUUCACCACCACCUCAAGCGAUGUCUAUCGUAUCACCUUCGGACCCAUGCCAUACUCAUAGUUUCCCCUUCAGAUUCCACUCGACGGCCUUGCACAUGAUUUCAUUUAGUAGUCUUCCGAGCGUAAUUCUACUCCAUCUUUAUUUUCUUCGGUAUAUUCGUUAGGCGAUAGGUUCGUGGUUGAUUCUCUGACUUCUAGGGUUCCCUGUUGCUUAUCCUUUAUGGCUGACUAUCUGAUCUUCAGUAUCCAUUAGGUGAAUGCAUCAGUUAUUGAAAGCCUGAAGUCUGUUGGAUUUGUUUCUCGUGAUGCGUCAAGUCUCUGAACCAUAUAGAAGUACUGACUUGACAUUUUUGUUGGAAAUCCGAAUCAUAUUCCUUACGCCAAGUAUGACAGAUUUCCACAUUGAUUUUAGAUUUAUGAAGGUCUAUCUUGCUUUUCUUAUCCUGUUUGGCUUUAAUAUCUUCAUCUGUACUGCCCGUAGUUGAAAAGAUGCUGAUUUAUACUGCUUGUGUUCAGUUUCCAUAAACCUACGUUAAUUAUGAUAUAAACAAAGUAUCCAAAUGCUAACUGCUCUCUGUGUUCUUCUUUAAACCAUGAGGUUGUAAGGAUUAGAGAGUAUACUUACCGUGUAAACAUGAAUCCAAAAGAUAAUUAGAAUAGGAGUAACACUAAUCUAUGGAGUCUAUUACUGUUAACCUUAAUUGUUUACAGCAUCUGAAAAAUAUUUGUUUUAAUAAUUCCCUAAUCUAAUUUAGUGGUGAUGACUGCGAAAACGUAGGAUGCGGAUACCACUGCAUAAUCACUAUAAAAAAUGACAUGUGCUAUAUUCAACAAAAAAUAGCAUGCAUAGUGUUUUUUAAAAUGCGAUGUUUCAUCUGGAACAUAUUACUAUUUUUUUUUAAUUACCCUGAUAUUAUUUUAAUUGAGUUAAUUUCUUCAUGAAUUGUUCAUUUCUGCAUUUUUAUGAACUAUUUUUUCAUACAGGAAUAUUGCAAAUGUUAAUCG